AUGUCGUCUAGUCGUAUUACUCGAAGCUCCCUGGGUGUAACUACUGCCUCGCGUAAUGAGCGAAGAGAAUUUGAUAUUUUACUUCGGGAACUCAAUGAAAUGCUACCAUAUGUUUCAAAAGGUAUUACAUUUGCAACAGAAUCCGCAGUUGCUCAAUUGGAUAAUGUAAUAAGGGAAUGUAUCGACAUGGAGUGCACCAUAGUUUCUCAAAAAGAAGCACUUGAGAAGAUUAAAACGAAAAUAGAAGCAGGACAAGAAGUUGAUCUUGUAGAAGCAUAUAAAUCCAUAUACGAAGCCGCUCUCGAAGAAUAUGAGACGGCACCAGAGGACGAAAAAUAUUUCCAGAACGAAUAUUACCGUGAUUUUAGACAAAAAAUUUGGGAAGUUAAUCAUCCAGACGAAACAAUGCCUCCUCUUAACGGAAAUGAAGAUGAUGAGAUCGUGAUGGGAAAACAAAAGGAGUCAUUACAUUGUCCAAUCACAACUUUAUUGCUUGAAGAUCCGGUUACGAGUAAAGUGUGCAAACAUACGUUCUCCAAAGACGCCAUCUUGCAAUUAAUAAGGCGUAAUAGAGAUGCUGUCUCGUGUCCAAUGACAGGUUGUGAUAAACAAAUCAUGGAACACGAUCUUCAACCAAACAAAAGAAUUGAGAGAAAGGUUGCUCGAUACCGUGCAGAAUAUGAUGAUCCAAUGAAUGACGUCGAGUAUACGAGUGUUGAUUGA